AAAUUACACGAGUUCUCUCACUUGACAAGCCAAAUCGUGGAUUUUUACAUUUGCCCAGCAGCUGUAGUGUUUCAAAAUAUCUGUCUACCCACAUACAACACUUCACGCCGCCUCUCUCUCUCUCUCUCUCUUCAUAGUUCACAGUAGUGGCAGUGGUGAGGCUGAGAGCAACCGAAGAGUGCGAGCAAUCUUAUAUAUUAUGGUGGUGUUUCUGUGUGUUUAGUUGGGGAGCUAAUGCUAGUGGAUACUUUUUGAGAUGGAUCUGACCCAUUUGGCAAGUGAGUUCUUGCCCACAACACUCAACCCAUCUUCAGCUUACCUUCAAUUUUCUCCUCUUAGACCUUUCCACAAGUCCCCAAGCCUAAAAUUCCAAACAAAGAAACUUUUUGCAGUUGUGUCAUUAUCCCAAUGCCCAAAACCAAUUAGUGAAUACACACUUUUUGGGCAGAAUCCACCAUGCUCUCCCUGCACGAGAGACCUCCGGUCUUAUGCCGGUCGUAGCAAGAAGUCUGGUGGAGGUUCCUCUUCUGGCCGAAUUGAGGGCAGUGCUGAUUUCCGAAGACGGAUUAAGCGCAAUGCCAGGGCAAGAAGCAAGAAAUAUGCUGAGUCUUUAUUCUACCGGCUGAAAAACCCAAGGGGAGGUGGGAAUUAUCCUAAUAACUUCACUGAGGAUGAGCUCCAACAAAUUGGUCUUGGUUAUGAUCGAAUGGUCCGGUUCAUGGAGAAGGAUGAUCCAAAUUUACGUCAUCCUUAUGAUUGGUAUAAGUAUGGUCAAUAUGGACCUUACUCUUGGCGUGGAGUUGUUGUUGGUGAGCCUGUUCGAGGUCGGUUCUCAGAUGAGUGUGUCUCAAUAAUCAGUGAAGUGAAGGACCAUGAGGAGUGGGAGAGGAUCGAACAAGGUGAAAUGGCCCAAGAUUUUGGGGAAAAAGUGAAGCAGCUGGAUCAAAGUAAAUUAAGGUAUUUUUGGGUAUUCAUAAGGCACCCAAGGUGGAGAAUUUCAGACCUUCCUUGGCAGCAAUGGACAUUAGUUAGCGAAGUAGUACUUGAAGCAGGUAAGCAGAGAUUAGAUAAGUGGAAUUUGAUGGGUAGACUUGGUAGCAAGGCUAGGUCAUUGAUAGGGCAAUGUGCAGCAUGGAUGAGACCUGAUAUUAUAUAUGUGAAGAAACCAGUGUUCCAGUGUAGAUUUGAACCACAGGAUAACUUUUUCAAGGCAAUAAUUCCAUUUCUUGAUCCUAGCACAGAACGGGAUUUUCUUUUUGAGUUACAAAAUGAUGAUGGUACUGUUGAGUUGUGUACUUAUUUUGGUGGUUUGUGCAAGAUUGUGAAGGUGAGUCAAAAAGCAUUUGUUGAUGAUGUGGUGAAUGCAUAUCAGAAAUUGAGUGAUGAGAAAAAGUCAAAAUGUUUGGAGUUUCUGUUGACCAAUCAUCCAGUGCUAUUGUUACAUCCAUAUACUAAAGAGUGGAAGGCUAAGUUAGAAGAGAUGGAGUUGGGUUGUGAUGCUCCUGAUGAAGAUGAUGAUGCUAUUGUUGGUGAUCCUGAUGAAACUGAGAUUCUAGAUUGGAUUGAGGAUGAAGGUGGUGAUGAUAAUGCUGACAUUACUGAUGAUGAAGAGGACAAAGAAGAGCAGAUUGAUGAUUAUGAUGAUGAUGAUGGCAUUGAAGACCAGGAUCUAGUUAUGGACAUGGAAGAAAGUGAAGAUGGUAAGUUUCAUGCCAUGGAGGAGGAUGAGGACUGGAAAGAAGAGCUUCAAAAGGCAACAAGUAGUCCAGAAGCAAUGGAAAAAUUGGCAAAAAGGAGUAUUGAAUUCACUACAGAGUUGUAUAAGAAGCAACUGAAAACGAAGCAAUCAGAGGAAGAAAAGGCACACUUGGCAGAUGGAGAUGAAACUGCCUUGAGAGGCAAGCGAGCAAAGGUUAGUCCAGAAGAAUGGAAGUAUAUUGGGGUUGGUCCAUGGAGAAAAAGGAUUAAGAAGAGCAUAAUUCCUCCAGAGCUAUUUUUGCGAGCUGCUGUUAGACCAUUCACUUACCGAAAUCUAGUUAAAGAGAUUGUAUUAACUAGGCAUGCAAUUUUGGAUGGUGAUAUUGGUGGAAAAGUUUAAGGCAUUCACCAUUUACAUGGUGACAAUAGUUGUGUACUUUGUGUGGGAGUAAUGUUGCAAUGUCUUCAAAUUGUUCAGCAAUGUUCAAUUCCCAUCAUGUUGUUACACCAAGUUGAGAAAAUAGAGUAGACUCAAAUAUUUGUGAGUUAUGCAUCAGGAUUCUUUUUAUGCUUCCCUAGUUGCUGAAAAAAAUAAUUAAGUAUACUUAUAACGUAUGCAACAUCAAUUUUGAAGAAACUAUUUCUAUUUAUUUUUACGUGUUUCUUCACGUAUUUAACACUCCCUCUUGCAAGAGUUGUGCAGUGUGCAACCUUUCUUCUGGACUACCUUUCAUGUUUCUCACGCACCAUGACAAGCAUUUUUAUUUCAUAAACAUGACCAUCAUGUAGUUCAUAUACUAAAAACUUUUCAAUUUAGUCUUCACAA